AUGGCGCGCGACCAGGUGCAACACGUACGGCAGCACGUCGGCGACAAGAGAGACCCUGCCGUCUGCCCGACCGACGACGAGGCGCUGACGCCCCGCAAGGAUACCAGGUCGCUGGGCUAUGCCUGGAGAUCAGGCGUCGCGGGUGGUUUGGCCGGAUGCGCCGCUAAGACUGUUGUGGCGCCUCUUGACCGGGUCAAGAUUCUCUUCCAAGCCAGUAACCCGCAGUUCGCAAAGUACACGGGCUCCUCGUUCGGCGUCGCCACCGCCAUGAGAGACAUUUACCACAGCGAGGGUGCCCUCGGGCUCUUCCGCGGCCACUCGGCAACGCUCCUUCGCAUCUUCCCCUACGCCGGCAUCAAGUUCCUCGCCUACGAGCAGAUCCGCGCCCUACUGAUCCCCGGCAGGGAGUACGAGACGCCGCUCCGGCGGCUACUGAGCGGAAGUCUUGCCGGCGUCACCUCCGUCUUCUUUACGUAUCCGCUCGAGGUGGUCCGCGUCCGCCUUGCCUUUGAGACGAAGCGCGACGGCCGCUCGUCGCUGACGUCGAUAUGCCGGCAAAUCUACAACGAGCACCCGGUCGAAAAAUCAGCCGCCGCCCGGCUCCCCGGCGCCCCGGCUCCCUUGCGGGCCACCGCAUCGGCCAUCGAAUCGGUCGCGCCCCGGGUCGGCCUCAUCAACUUCUACCGCGGCUUCCUCCCCACGCUGUUGGGCAUGCUGCCGUACGCGGGCAUGUCGUUCCUGACGCACGACACGGUCAGUGACCUGAUGCGCCACCCGUCGGUCGCGCAGCACACGACGCUCCCGCGGACACGGAACCAGCCGGCCGGCAAGCCGGCGCCGCUGCGGUCGUGGGCGGAGCUGUGCGCGGGAGGCGUCGCCGGGCUCAUCUCGCAGACGGCGUCGUACCCGCUCGAGGUGAUACGGCGACGGAUGCAGGUCGGCGGCGCCGUGGGCGACGGACGCCGGCUGCGGCUGGGCGAGACGGCGGGCGUCAUCAUGCGGGAACGGGGGUUCCGGGGCUUCUUUGUCGGACUCACGAUUGGAUACGUCAAGGUGAUACCCAUGGCAGCUAUCAGCUUCUACACGUACGAGCGCAUGAAGCUCGUCUUUGGCAUCUGA